AUGAACGUAGUCAUACAUAGUCAUACACUGGACGCAAUUGGUCUUCCCAGUUCAGAUGAACAUCACGAAUUUCCGACGAAAUCGCAAGUUGGAUUACACCAAAUGCGUACGAAGAAGCAGUCAGACAGCAACGAAACACCAUCGAUGGGCAGGUUGACGGAAAAUCAUAGUAGACUGUCGGAGAAAUGUGUACAAAAGCUUCCAUUCGUGACGAUAUCUGUUCAACUGUCCGCAAAGAAGGUCAAACAAACACCAAUCCCUCACCUCCUAGACAUGAUAGUGCAGAGAGGCAAAUCGGAAGACGGGUCAGAUCUUCCCAAAGUAUAA